AUGUCAGCGCAACGCCAAACCCAUUCCCAGACAGGCGCAGCAAGCGGCCACAGGUAUCAGCUCCGCUCGAAGGGCCCAGUGGGCCGUGAGAUCUUCCAAGUUCUAGAGGAACGCAAGCCAGCAAAAGUCUCCAAAUCAAAGCCCAAGCCAGAACGUUACAGCUUCAAGGUGGGAGUUCGACUACGGCUGGUCUCCAAACAAGCGGCGUUGGGUUUUGUCAGUGGCAGCAGUGCCCCAGAGGCCCCGCAAAUCUACCAGCGCAAGUCGCAAAUCGAAAGUGAAACCCACGCAGGCAGUGAAAAUAGUGGCACCAGCUUCGCUGUCGAGCAAUUGAUUUACCAAAGCCUCCCGUACAAGGAGGGCCCAAUCAUUGUCAACGCCGAGGUGGAUGUCCAUGAAGAGGUUCCCUUCGAGGCCAUCAUUGAUGCGAAGUUCUUGCCAUCGGAUGAUGAUCCUGAAUUCCGACGUCGCCUAGCCCAAUGGCAGAUCCCACCUGUAGAGGACCCGGAGCGAUCCCCUGGGAAAAUCAAGCUGUCCGAUUUCUUCAAGGCGGUCCGCAGUGACCUGUACCGCGAUCAAACCGACGCGGACAUGUUCUGGUUUAUGCUGAAACUCGUCGAAGACUUCCCAUCUGAUCGAAAUGGAGACGUCACCUUCCUAGGCGACUGCUACUUGCCUCUCUCGCGCGAGCACGCCCGUGCCAAGGAAGGCGCCUAUUUCGCCUACUACAUCACACGAUGGAAAUACGUCAACGAUGGACUCGAGACUCCGCCUCUCGCGAUUUGCGUGUGUAACAACAAGCGCGGCCGAGAAGGCAUCGCCCGCUACGAGAUCCCCCCGCUCCUCCUCCAAGCCUGGAUGAACACGAAGCUCGAAACCGAGGACCUCGACGCCCAGAACGCGUACGUCCUGAGCCAGCAGGGGUGGGACCUCCGGUUCGUCAAGGCCACCAUGCCGAUCCACGAAGCGCAGCGGCUCGGAAUGCCUCCGCACUUCUCGGGCAAGGUCAGGGUGGAGCGGACGAAAGCGUACAAUCUGCGGGAUCCGGAGGAACGGAGGGAAGCGCUACGGGCGCUGAUGGGUUUACUGCUUUAUUUUCAUGCUCGUCCGGAGUUUGUGUAUGCGAAUACUCAGAGUGGUUAUAGUUUUGUUUGA